AAGAAAAAAAAAAUACUGAAAGUAAUCAAUUUUAAGAAACGUAAGCAGGUAUCAAAUCAUCAAUGAAAUGAUAAUUGAUGUUGAUGAUUGACUGUGAGUCUGUCUGUUUACUAUCCGGAAUAAAGCUGAUCACUGCAAAAUAACUAAAAUGUAUUCUUCAUUUUAUGUUGUACUAUUUUCCAUUUUUUUCAUCUCAUUCGGAUUCGCUGCUAAUCAUCAUAAAGCAGAAAUAGAGGACAAUGAAUUUGCUGAAUUUGAAGAAUUUGAUGAAGAUGAAGAAAUAGUUGUUAAAGAAGAUGAUAGUAGUAAACAAAAGCCAGACCUUAAAAUGUCUCCUCCCCCUCCACAAAAUUUUGAUGAUGAAGUACAAGUUGAAGAUGAUGGAGAAGAAUUUGAACAUUUUCAAGAUGAAGAAGAAUUUGAAGGUCUUGAUCAAGAAAUUCCAUCUGUUAAAGGAAAACCAUCUGAAAAACCAGACCUUAAAAUUGCAAAAGUUCCUCUUCAUCUUCGUAGAAAUUGGGAAAGCUUCUAUCUAGAAUUCCUGAUGAUUGCUGGUCUUGUUGUAUAUUUUGCCAAUUUCAUCGCUGGACGCAAUAAAAAUCAAAAAUUAGCCAUGGCCUGGUUUAAUUCACACUGUCAAGUAUUUGAAAAUAAUUUUGCUUUAGUUGGUGAUGAUGGCAAAAAAGAAAUUGAAAAAGGUGGUAUACAAAAAGAGUCGGAAAAUGUUUAUACCCUCUGGUGCAGUGGUCGAGUUUGUGUAGAAGGCAUGCUUGUAGAAUUAAAGUUUUUGAAACGUCAAGAUUUAGUGAGUGUUAUUUCUAACAUGAUCCGCCCUUCGUGUGAUCAAAUGAUUGUUAAAGUAACAAUGAGUCCAGAUGCAAUGGAUAAUUUUGUAUUCUGUAUAGCCAACAAAAAAACAGCUACUAGACUAGUUAAGGAAAUGGGUGAUAUAAGUACUUACUGUCCUGAGAAAAAGACUGUUGAUCGUUUGGGCAUUCCAGAUAACUUCAUCAUGAUGAAUGAAUUAGGCGAAGCUGCAAAUGCUAUGCUAGAUAGCAAGCUGAUUACAGUUCUUCAAAAAUACUCUGAUGUCAUCGAUUUCAUUCAUUUUUCAGAUCAAUUCUCGGGACCAAAACUUUCUGAAGAUACUCAAUUGACUAAACUGCCAGAGACAAAGAAAAUGUUAAUGUUUGGUUUUAAUAUUCCAGGAAAAGGUAAAACUACACCUGAAGUAAUGGAAAAUAUGAAACCCUUACUGCAACUAGUGUUUUAUUCAAUAGAAAAGGUCAAGAGAUUUCAUUUGAGUAAAGAGGCUAAAAAUAAGGCUGAGAAAAACCGGCAGCGUGUUGAAGAGGCAUUUCUGAAAACUACACAUGCUCAGAGACAGGAAGCUGCUCAGGCUAGAAGGGAGGAAAAACGUAGAGCAGAGAAAGAAAAAAUGAUGAAUGAAGAAGAUCCAGAAAAGCAAAGAAAGUGGGAAGAACGUGAACAUCGCAGAGAACUGAAGAAAAGAGCACCCAAAAUGAAGCAGUUGAAAAGUUUUUGAAUAAAGCCACAAGCAUCCUCCUCAGAUACAUUUGCAUGCAAGUCAUGAGGAUGUCGGUAAAUUGAAUGUCUCCCAUAAUAUCAAUAAUCAGGAGAGGCAAAACUUUCAAGAACAAAUCAUUUUAUUCACAAAAUGAAGUGAAAAUAAACUCUGUACAGUUGUAUUGUACCAAUGUAUUAAAAAAGGUAUUUAUUAAAAAAAUUAAUUUAUUAA